AUCGACCUACAAUUUGAGGGUUACCUUCUAGACACGACCAUCAUUCAAGAGAUAUACAUUUUGUACAAUUAUAAAAAAAAAUGAUUUUAGGAUUCAUAUAAGAGAUUGAUAUAAGAUUUGUUUGACUGUAUGCCAUAUUUACAUAUAUUUUGACAGUUAUCAAGCAAUGGUAUUAUUCUGUAUGUUUUUUUAAUUUGUGUGAUCAUAUUUUAGUAAAGUAUUUCUAUGAACUAAAUGGAAGUUGUGACUAUUUUCAUAACCAACACUACAGGUAAAAUACUAAGAAUUAAUGUAAAUGCAGUUGUAUGUAAUUGGUCCCAGUGGGGAUAUUUAGAUCUGUAUUUGACCUUUGUUCAAGUGCAAUCGUGAGAUAGCAGGGGCUCAUGGGAACAAAGAAAAAACCCAGUUUAAACAGCUAACCUAAGCUGUCCGUAUUUACCUAAAUGUAGCUCUAUGAAAAACCAGUCACUAAAGAGAUUUGACAGGCUUUGAUUUCCCAGCUCUGAUUCAUCCUAAAUCAAUCAGACCUGAAAUACAAUAUGUUUUAUGAAUAAUUCAUGACUUCAGUUUUGUUCUGUGUGUUGUGAGCCAUUUUUCAGAUUUACUCCUCCAACCAGCAGGUGGCUCAUCUGUCUUUUGACACAACUGAUGAUUUAUGUUUACUAAAUGAGGUCACUGCAAUCAGUUUCAUGUGCUGCUGCUUUGUGUUGUGUGACAAGCAUUCAGAUUUUGAAUGUGCUCCUGCCACGCUGAGCCACAGACUUUGUUUAUGCCCAAUUUUGUGGUUUGUACUUUUCGUGGAACAUUUGCAAAGGAAACAUUUGAGAAUAUUGGAUCAGCAAAUGGUGAGCUGUAAAUAAUGCAAUACAUACUACUUUUAGGGGUGGAUAAUACUGCACUCUGUUAUACCUGUUUUCAUAAUGUUUGACUUUCUACAAUGAACAUGUUUCCCUAGAGGGUGUGCACAGGUCUGUGCGGGUACUAUGAUUAUACAGGCGUGAUCAGUGCCUGCCUUUUAUUACAGAUCCAAAACUCAAUAUAAAGUUAAUGUAGACCUUGGACCAAAGAUUCAACUGAACUGCACCGAUUUGAAGAUGUUGUUGUCUUCCAUCAUCUGUUUUUUGGCUGUUAUUAUUCCAGCUGCCCACAGUGGGAAAGUCCUGGUGUUUCCACAUGACGGCAGCCACUGGGUGAACAUGAGGGUACUUGUUGAGGAGCUGCACUCAAGGGGACACACUGUGACUGUCAUUCGGGCUGCAGACAGCUGGUACAUCAGCAAAACGUCUCCACAUUACGACACUUUCACAGUGGAUAUUGCCGGUGGUGGAAAUGAGGAUUUCUUUCGUCUCUUUGUCUCUGAAGUCAUUAAAAUUAAACGAAGCGGCAAGUCGGCGUGGGCCCGUUUUGCUUUAGACAUGGAGUUGAAAGACAAGUUCUUUGAAUUGCACAAGAAAAUCUGUGAAGUGGUCACGUUCUUAUUUGAAAAUAAAGUCUUAAUGAAAUCCUUUGAAGACGCCAAGUACGAUGUGGUUUUGACGGACCCUGCUAACGGAGGAGGGGUGAUGCUGGCUCACUAUCUUGGAUUGCCGUUAGUGUUUAACGCUCGAUGGACUGUUCACGGCGAAGCCCAUUUUGCUGUUGCACCCUCUCCGCUUUCCUACGUCCCACUUCCACCGUCAGAACUAACAGAUCAAAUGACCUUCUUUGAGAGGGUUCAAAAUGUUGUUUUUUACACCAUGAGGAUGCAUCUGUAUAAGCAGGUAGUUGGGCCAAACUAUUCUCCGUUGACCAGUCGCUACUUUGGCCCGGAUGUUGAUUACUUCUCUCUGUUUCAAGCUGCAGACCUGUGGCUGAUGAGAGUGGACUUUGUGUUCGAGUUCCCUCGGCCCAUCAUGCCGAAUAUCAUCCACAUGGGAGGGUUCCAGUGUAAACCUGCAAAACCCCUUCCUGAACACCUGGAGGAGUUUGUGCAGAGUUCUGGAGAGCACGGAGUCAUCAUGAUGUCUCUGGGGACUUUGAUUGGAGAGCUUCCCCGUGACCUCGCUGACGAGAUCGCUGUAGCUUUUGCUAAAGUACCCCAGAAGGUCAUCUGGAGAUAUAAAGGUGACAGACCAGCCACUCUGGGCAACAACACUUUAAUAGUAGACUGGAUGCCACAGAAUGAUCUUUUAGGACAUCCCAAGAUGAAACUGUUUAUAAGUCACGGAGGAACAAAUGGGAUAUAUGAGGCCAUAUAUCACGGAGUUCCGAUUGUAGGCAUUCCCAUUGUGUUCGAUCAAGCCGACAACCUCUCCAGACUGAGAGCAAAGGGCGUCGCAAAGGUCAUAGACGUUUCUGAACUGGACAGGAACAUAUUUCAGAAUGCCAUACAGGAAGUCCUGAACGAGCCCUCCUACAGGAUGAACAUGCAGAGACUCUCCAGUCUGCACAGAGAUCAGCCAAUGAAGCCGCUGGACCGCGCCGUCUUCUGGAUCGAGUUUGUCAUGAGACACAAAGGUGCAGCUCACCUGAGGACAGAGUCCUACAGACUGCCCUGGUAUUCCUACCACUCUGUGGAUGUCAUACUGUUCUUACUAACAAUUGCGCUGCUUGUUUUGUUGUUUUUUGUUGGGUUAGUAUGGUCAUGCUGUAGAUGCUUUAGAUUGUGUUUGAAAAGAAAAGUGAAAUCUGACUAACCAGGAAAGAUGGAAUGAUACUUUUUCACAUUUGUUAAUAUUUGCUUACACAAGAGUCAAUGUUUUACUUUUGAACUGUGCUGUGAGUUUACUGUAAGUCACUCAAAGUUUUCUAGAAAAAUGUGUACUGUAAAAAAUUGUACGUAACUACCAGUUUUGACUGACAACUUGCAAAGAGCAAAGCCUGUUUGGUUACUUUGUUUAAAGCAGAGUCAUUUUAAUUGCUCUGUAUAAAAAUCAGUUAAACAUUUACUUUGGUUCUAACCAAAUGGAAGUCUGAGAACUCAAAGCAAAUACAAACUACCAUAAGAAAGUAGACUAACUUGAUGACAUGAGCCAAGAUGCACAUUUCAACUCUUCUAUACUAUGUUUUACUGUAUAUUACAUGAUGCUAAAAGCACACAGUUAAAGGAAGGAGCCUGAAAAAUAAAAAAAAAGACUCACAUUGUCAGUAAUUUACAGAAAAUGUGCAUUGUAAAACUGGAGAAACAUUAUUCCCUUGUAUUUCUUUUUUUCCCCCAACCAGCAUAGGUUUGCAAUAGAUGAUGUAUUUAAGAAAAACUGAUCUAAAUGAGGAUUUGUUGAUACCUGUACCAGCCAGCAGGUGAUGCUGUUCAGCCAUUUAUAGCAUUCCCAAUGACAUAAAAAAAUACCAGCUAUUUUAAAAUGUGGCAUUUUUCAGAAGACAAAAGAACACACACCUGAGCUUUGUAGGCCACAUAACAACAUUAGUUGGUCACAACAUCCAGGCAUGUUGCUGUAGAUGUUUAUAGGGGACUGAAUUAUGGACUAUUAUUAUUAUGGCAAUAAAUAAACAAUUUAAACUGAAA